AUGGGUAAAAAGAAGGGCGCAAAGAAAGGUGGUGGUGAUGACUUCUGGGAUGAAGCAGGCGAGAACGUACCAGCCGCCAAUGAAGCUGAUUCAGGCGAUGAUGCGCCCGCCCCAAGAAAGAAUGCAUUUGCUGCAAUGAGCAUAGACGAUACAGAAGACAAGGAAGAAUCACAGCAAAGCUCAAAAGCAAAUGGUUCCACUUCUAAAGCAGCAGAUGACGACGAAGACUUUGGAGGCCUAAUGAGCACGAUCAAAAAGAGCAAUGCAAAGAAGGACAAGAAAAAGAAGAACAAGAAACAACAAGAUGAUGAUAUUUGGGAUGAAUUGGGAGAAGAUGUAAGCGGAAAUGCAGCAGGCAACAAAGCGGAGCCCGAGCCCAUGGACGUCGACAAAGGACCUUCCGGACCUGUUGAAGCAUCUGUUGAAGAUGAAUUCCCGGAUCCAAAAGCAGAGAAGAAGAACAAGAAGAAUAAAGGCGAUACAGAGGAUGGACCUGGUUCUGGAGCUGCAACACCAGCUCUUGAUGGUGAAGAUGAUGGUUCAUCUCGAAUCCUUUCAAAGAAAGAGAAGGAAAAGUUGAAGAAGGAGAAGGAAAAAGCCAAGAAGAAAGCACAAGCAGCAGCAAAGAAGGCCGUAACAGGUGGUGACAAUGCUGCCGAUGCAGAAACAGAAGCAAAGCAGGAAGAUGCGCCAGUAGCCGAGCAAGCAGCAGAAGAUGACGAUGCCGCAGAAGAUGGCGAAGAGGGAGGAGCAUCAGCGGCUGACAAAAAGAAAAAGAAGAAGAAGAAAGGUGCUGCUUCCAAACCGGAACCUGUUCCUGCCACUUCAUCAAAAAAGCCUUCUGCAGCUUUACAAGCAUUGCAAGCUCGUAUUGCAGCUCAAAGAAAGGCUGAAGAAGAAGACAGAGCUGCUGAAGAAGAAGCAAGACGAAAGGAAGAGGAAGCCGAACGAUUAGAGAAGGAAGAGGCCGACCGAAAGGAGGCUGAAAGACAGAGAAGGAAAGAAAAGGAAAAAGCAAAGAAAGAACAAUUGAAGAAGGAAGGCAAACUUUUGACACCCAAGCAAAAAGCAGAAAAGGCAGCUGCGGAAGCAAGAAUGCAGGCUUUGAUCAAAAGUGGCGGUGUCAAAGUGGAAGGUUUGGCAAACAGAGGAGAAGGCAGCUCGGCUAGUGGAGAACAGAAAGAAGCUAAGAGACCUAUUGCUGAUUCACGGAAUCGCAAAAAGAAAGGCCCUUCUGGUCCUCCAACUGAGCCUGUAUCUGUUUCUGAGCCUAUUGCCGAGACUGAGCCCGCUGAGGAGGAAGCCAAAAACGAAGAUAUCAAAGACAGCUGGGAUGCUGAAUCGGAUCAUGAGGAUGUCAAAGAUGAUUGGGACGCUGAAUCAGAAGAGGACAAGCCUGCUGAAAAACCAAAGCCUUCUGAAAAAGCCAAGCCAGCUGAAGCAAAGGCAACGAAUGGAACAACAGUCGCAGCAUCCGCCAAAGCCGCGCCAACAACGGCUGCAAAAGCCAAGGCACCGCUUGCAUCCAAGCCAGAGCCAGAAGAAUCCGAUGAUGAUUCUGAUGAAUCUGAUUCGGACGAAGAUGACUCUUCUGACGAUGAUAGUAGCGAGGACGAAUUGACUGUUGCUCAGAAAAUGGCAGCGGAACGUAAAGCUGAAGCCGAAAAGAGGAGAUUAGAGAAGCAUCAAGCAGCAUUGGCAGCACGUUCAAAGGAUGACCUUAGAAGUCCAAUUUGCUGUAUCAUGGGACACGUCGAUACAGGAAAGACUAAAUUGUUGGACAAAAUCCGUCAAACCAACGUUCAAGAAGGCGAAGCUGGUGGUAUUACUCAACAAAUUGGUGCAACGUACUUCCCUGAAGAUACGCUUCGUCAAAAGAUUGCCCCAAUUGACCCAGAAGGCAAGCAAGACUUCAACAUUCCUGGUCUUUUGGUCAUCGACACACCAGGUCACGAGUCUUUCACCAACUUGCGUACCCGUGGUAGCUCGCUGUGUAACAUUGCCAUCUUGGUAGUUGAUAUCAUGCACGGCUUAGAACAGCAGACGCUUGAAUCCAUUCGACUUUUACGUGACAAAAAGACUCCUUUCAUUGUUGCCCUGAACAAGAUCGAUCGUUUGUACGGAUGGCAGAGUACACCAGAUGGCGCUUUCAGGAAAAGUCUAGCCAAUCAAAAUCGGGCCACACAAAACGAAUUCCAAGACCGUGUCGAUAAGACGAUCGUUGCCUUUGCCGAACAAGGUCUAAACGCCGUUCUGUACUAUGAUAACAAAAACUUCGCAAAGAAUGUCAGUUUGGUUCCUACCAGUGCACAUACCGGUGAAGGUAUUCCUGACAUGCUCCAAUUGCUCAUCAAUCUGACUCAAGAGAGAAUGAGCGAAAAAUUGAUGUACCUAUCCGAAUUGGAGUGCACAGUUUUGGAAGUGAAAGUUAUCGAAGGUCUCGGUACCACCAUUGAUGUAAUCUUAUCGAAUGGUGUCAUGUACGAAGGCGACAAGAUUGUCUUGUGUGGUCUUAACGGACCAAUUGUUACGCAAGUGCGUGCAUUAUUGACACCUCAACCGCUCAAAGAAAUGCGAGUGAAAGGCUCGUACGUUCAUCACAAGAUGGUCAAGGCCGCAUUGGGUGUCAAAAUUUCUGCUCCUGAUCUAGAAAAGGCUAUUUCUGGUUCGAGAUUGAUGGUCGUCGGACCGGAUGACGAUGAAGAGGAAAUGAUGGAAGAAGUGAUGAGCGAUUUGACAGGUUUGUUGCAUUCCAUCGACAAAUCAGGAAAGGGUGUCAGUGUACAAGCAUCUACUUUGGGAUCUCUGGAAGCAUUGUUGGAAUUCUUGAAACAAAGCAAGAUUCCUGUCAAUGGUAUCAACAUCGGUCCAGUGUACAAGCGUGAUGUGAUGCGUUGCGCUACCAUGUUGGAGAAAUCACCUGAUUUGGCGGUCAUGCUUUGCUUCGAUGUUGAGAUUGAUAAAGAUGCUGAAGCAUUGGCAAAAGAAAUGGGCGUCAAAAUUUUCAGUGCAAGAAUUAUUUACCACUUGUUCGACAACUUUAUCGCACAUCAAAAGCAAGUUUUAGAAACGAAACAAAAGGAAAGCGCAGAUGCUGCCGUUUGGCCUUGUCGAUUGAAGGUGUUGGCAGUAUUUGCAAAGCGAAGUCCUUUGAUUUUGGGAUGCGAAAUCACUGCAGGUGAUCUAAGAAUGGGUACUCCAAUCGGUGUCAAGAACAAAGAGACAGGCGAAAUUGUGAACUUGGGACGAGUGACAUCUUUAGAAGUGAACCACAAACGAUUAGAUGUUGUCACGGCCAAGACAGCUGGUGCAGGUGUAGCUGUUCGUAUAGAAUGUGCUGUUCAUGAAACGCCAAAGAUGUAUGGAAGACAUUUCACCGAUCAAGAUGAAUUGUUCUCCCUCGUUUCACGUAAAUCUAUCGACACCCUCAAGGAUCUCUUCUGGGAUGGUGUAAGUAUCGAACAAAAGAAGACGAUCAAAUAUCUCAAGGGAGUUAUUGGAAUCCAUUAA